AUGGAUUUCGAUAUCGAGAUGGAGGAUGCCGCUGGUGGCUAUCCGGGCGAGGCAGCACCGUACGAGGCAACACACCAUCCAGACGAUAUGCCGCGGGACGACACGGAUGAUAUAUUGGGCACAGACGCCGACAUAGACACGAGAGACGGACAGGAGCCUGGCGAGAUCGACGAGGCCGUUCAGGCGAUCGACGCGGCCGAUGUGGCUGCCGAGGCUAUUGUCCCUAACAAGGUGCACCUACGCGGUCUCGACACACUCACACCAGACGACCUCAAGGCAUACUUCGCCGAGCACGCGGGAGGCUCCGGGGGCUUCGAUCGCGUCGAGUGGAUCGACGACUCGUCAGCCAACCUUAUCUUUGGCUCCGAGAGCAGCGCUGCAGCUGCUGUCACAGCCCUCUGCGCUAUGCCUAUUGCCGACGCCACGCUGCUGCCGAUGGGUGAACUGCUACCGGCAAAGCCAUACACAGCCAAGGCCAAGAGCGCGGCUGACAUGGCCACGACGAGCGGACCCGGUCUGCAGGUGCGCUUUGCCGUCACCUCGGACAAGAAGCAGGCGGGCGCGGCCUCGCGUAGCCGCUUCUACUUGCUGCACCCGGAAUAUGACCCCGAGGAACGGCAGAACCGGAGGCAGAACCAGCGAAGAGACGACCGGCGUGGCGGAUCAGGACGUGGCCGCGACCGUGACUAUCGGUCCAAAUAUCGAUCAUACCGGGAGGAGGACGACCGGGCUGCAGACAUUCGCAACAACUCCUUCGACGUCAACCUGUACGACGAUGAUGCGCCAGCACUGGCGGCGCGGACAUCGCAGACAUCGCGGUCCCGAACGUGGUCUCGAUCCCAGUCGAGGUCUCGAUCGCGGUCCCGGUCUCGACGACAUGAUGUCUCACGCCGGAGCCAAGCUGACAGAGAGCUGUUUCCCGGCAAAAGCAAGGAGCUGUUCCCCCAUAAGGUAGGUGGCGAAGGCAGCACUGAAGACGGGCGGACAACACCCACCAUUGUUGCUACUGCUGCUUCCGGGGGCCGCAAUCGGGGCAGAGGCAGAAACGGCAGACUGCGCAGCCGCUCAGCAUCGCCUUUGCACGAUGACGACGACGAUUACGACGGCCGGCGCGCAGACGCACGUGCAAUAGCAUCAUCCGAGGCGGCAUUGCGCAACCGCGACAAAGCCCGUACGCUCAAAGACCGGUUGUCGACGACAAAGCCUGCAAGCGAAAGCGGCAGCUUGGAGCUAUUCCCAAGAAAGACGAUAGGAAUGGCCCAGAUGGACCUUCUCGGCGGACGGGAUGGCGCUGCUGCGCUCACUUCGCGACUCAGUGAUCGAAUCACACGUCCUUCAAACGGAGAGAUCUCCAAGGUAACAGCAAAUGGAGAUGCCAACGGCAGCGGGAGCACAUUCAACAUCCGUGGCAUUUCUCGCCAACAGCCAGGAGGCGGCGUCGGACUAAGCAUCAAAGGUGCCGCCACGGCUCGAGAACUGUUUCCAGACAAGUUUGGCGGCGAAGGCGGCAACGGCAACGGACACGGUUCCAGCAGCGGCCGCAAUGCUGGCAAAGAGAUCUUUUCCGACCGGCUAGAGAAUCGGACUCGGCCGCGCCAGCGCGCAGAGGACUUGUUUCGUUAA